AAUUCGUUGUGUUGUGGCGCUGGCAAUCACAUGUGUUUGGGAUUCUGAAGUUGUUUUGCGAGGAUUCUCCCGAAACUCAUUUCAUGAUCUGAAAAGGGUGUUUUGCAAAGGUUUGUGAGCAUGGCAGCAUGUUACUGCCCAGGAGGUGCGGCUGUGUGGCCUGCUGCUACAGGAGCACUUUGGAGAGGUGGUGGAGAGGAUAGGCACUCACCUGCUCAGAGGGGCACAGAACCUCAGGACCAUCGCCAAUGAGACCAACACACCACUGGACCUGGUGAAGAAGUCUCUGUGUGUUGGUACAGCACGGUGCUUGUGAGUUCGGGUCGGGCCGGCGAGGCCCCGGGAGUCCAGUGGAGUACCGGGCCAGCUGUGAGCGGGUUCUAAGUGUUCUGCGGUACAUCUACACAGCUAAGACCCUGUAUGGAGACACAGGAGAACUCAUCGUGGAGGAGGUCCUACAACGAGGCCAUAUGACCGUGAGCAACACGGUCAAGACUGUAGCUGACCGACUCACUCAUAACAUGGAGGGUGUGCGAGAGAGCGAUUACAAGAUGUAUGAUUGUUCUAUAUUUUCUUCUCCUUCUAUCCACAUGAUUUUUCUCUGUAGAGGGUCAUAGUAUGGAGUACAGUGAGGUGGUCCCAGCCUUCUCUAAGCUGGUGGAGACUCACUUCCUGCAGCGCUGUCCUCCGGUGGCCGAGAUGGGAACUGCAGCCACCUCCACUACCCCGGCAACCCCCGGCACCCCUGCCGCCCCGCCUCCACUGAUGUAGAUGUACCGCGGGUACCCCCAUCAGCAGAGGGCAACCUGACUGCUACACACUGCCCCAUGUCACACUCAUAGGUCGUAGGAAGCGCAGACAUUCCAGUGACGACAGUGAGGAGCAGAGAGGAGGGAAGAAAGCCAAGAUGGACUCAGAAGUCAGACCCUCUACUCAUGACACUCAGAGAUAAUGGGCUGCUAUAGAGAAUCAGAGAACCUUGUUCUGUUAUUCUUUUACUCCUCUCAAUAAGGAAUGGAACCGUUUUGAAUGACUUGUGCCUCCUUCUAUCUCCUCCCUCUUUCCAGUCGUGUGGUGAUGAGGGGAUCUACUGGCAGGUGAACUUUGAGAGGUUCCAUCAGCACUUCAGAGACCAGGCCAUCAUUAGAGAAGGAUUACUUAUCCUAUCCUAGGUAUUCCUUGAAGAGGUGGGGUUUCAGGUGUCUCCGGAAGGUGGUGAUUGAUUCCGCUGUCCUGGCGUCCGCUGUCCUAUAGUUAUUAUAGGACUAUUUCCCUCUAUACCAUUUGUAUUUCAUUAACCUUUGACUAGUAGAUGUUCUUAUAGGCACUUUAAUAUUGCCAGUGUAAACGUAUAGCUUCCGUCCCUCUCCUCGCUCCUCCCUGGUCUCGAACCAGCAACACAACGACAACAGCCACCACAUCUAACCAGCGACACAAUGACAACAGCCACCACAUCGAAGCAGCGUUACCCAUGCAGAGCAAGGGAAACAACCACCCCAAGGCUCAGAGCGACUGAAGUUUGAAACGCUAUUAGCGUGCGCUAACUAGCCAGCCAUUUCACUUCGGUCACACCAGCCUCAUCUCGGGAGUUGAUAGGUUUGAAGUCAUAAACAGCGCAAUGCUUGACGCACAACGAAGAGCUGCUGGCAAAACGCACAAAAGUGCUGUUUGAAUUAAUGUUUACGCACCUGCUUCUGCCUACCACCGCUCAGUCAGAUACUUAGAUACUUGUAUGCUUAUAUGCUCAGUCAGAUUAUAUGCAACACAGGACACACUAGAUAAUAUCUAGUAAUAUCAUCAACCAUGUGUAGUUAAGUGAUUAUGACUGAUCGUUUUUUUAAAGAUAAGUUUAAUGCUAGCUAGCAACUUACCUUGGCUUACUGCAUUUGCGUAACAGGCAGUCUUGUGGAGUGCAACGAGAGAGAGAGGGAGGUCGUUAUUGUGUUGGACUAGUUAACUGUAAGGUUGCAAGAUUGGAUCCCCCGGGCUGACAAGGUGAAAAUCUGUCUUUCUGCCCCUGAAUGAGGCAGUUACCCACCGUUCCUAGACCGUCAUUGAAAAUAAGAAUGUGUUCCUAACUGACUUGCCUAGUUAAAUAAAGGUGUAAAAAAUAUAUUUUUUUUUAAAUCUGCGCCCAAAAAUACUGAUUUCCGAUUGUUAUGAAAACUUGAAAUCGUCCCUAAUUAAUCGGCCAUUCCGAUUAAUCGGUCGACCUCUAGUGUGAACAGUUUGUAUCAUGAACAGUGCUUGUGCCCAUAGAACUAGAUGUGUCAUACGGGAUGUUCCCCAAUGCUGGAAGGGGGGCCUGAGUGAAAAAGACCGCUCUCUUCCCCCCCACAGACCAGUAGUGAGAUAGUCCUCACUAUGUUGAGGAUGAGUGAGGUUACCACCACACAGACCGCCACCUACACUCAGCCCCUCUCAGCCAAUGAGAUAUUCCGCUCCCUCCCGCCCAACUACAGCACCAGCAGACCAAUCCUGGACCAGUACCUCUCACUUCUGGUGGAUGACCCGAUGGAGUUUGUGGGGAAAUCAGGUGACAGUGGAGGAGGAAUGUACGUGGUCAAUCUCCAAAGAGCCCUGGCCAACCUGGCGAGAGCCACACUGGAGUCUGUGGUACAGGAGAGGUUUGGCUCGCGGUCGGCUAGGAUCUUCCGUCUGUUGCUAAGGAAACGUCACCUGGAGCAGAAGCAGGUGGAUGACUUUGCUAUGAUCCCUGCCAAGGAGGCCAAAGACAUGCUGUACACGCUGCUGUCAGAGAACCUGGUACAGCUACAGGAAAUCCCUAAGACUCCUGACCACGCCCCUUCACGUACCUUCUACCUGUACACUGUCAACCAGCUGCCUACUGCUACAACACUGCUACAAGGCGUCUGCUGGAGAAGUCCCAGCGAAUUGAGGCGAUCCUGGCAUCGCUGCAGGCCAGUGGGGCGGAGCCUGAACAGCUGACAGAGGUGGAGGAGAUGAUCACUGCCCCCGAGAGACAGCAGCUAGAAGCCCUGUGACAUCACAUCAACAAGUACUGCAUUACCACUGCGCCUUAAUUACCACUGCGCCUUAAUUACCACUGCGCCUUAAUUACCACUGCGCCUUAAUUACCACUGCGCCUUAAUUACCACUGCGGGCAACUUUGAUGGGGAUGGGGGGCCACAAAAAAUAUGAGCAUCGCGGGUCUGCGCACCACAUUCAUACCCACUCAUGCAGUCAGAGCCGACCCUUUUAGGGCCCCUAAGCUAGGAGACAAUACAUUUACUUUUUAGAGUACAUUUCCUGCAAUUCUACACAUUUUGCCAUAAGGUGGAGAGAAAUGUUUUCUGUUUUUAAUAUGCUAUCUGGUAGUUUAGAUAAGACUAACAAUCUACAGCAUGUUAGCUGACAUGGGUGAGUGACUGUCAGUGACUGACAUAACAAGAGAAACUGCUGAUGCACAACAAAUGUCAAAAUUGCAACUUGUGUAUUCUACUAUUGUAACUCUCAACAGUAAGUUGAGACCUCCAACUGGAAGACGUACGACGUCACAUCAAUAAGUACUACUACUAAAUCAAAUCAAAGUUUAUUUGUCACGUGCGCCGAAUACAACAGGUAUUACAGUGAAAUGCUUACUUACCAACGGUGUGAUUUUUAGGUAAACAAUGGAUAAGUAAAAAUAAAUAAAACAGUAAAAAGAGUGAAAAAUAGCAGUAGCGAGGCUAUAUACAGGCACAGGCUAGUCGGGCUUAUUGAGGUAGUAUGUACAUGUAGAUAUGUUUAAAGUGACUGCAUAUAUGAUGAACAGAGAGUAGCACCAGCGUAAAAGAGGGGUUGGUGGAUGGCGUGACACAAUGCAGAUAGUCCUGGUAGCCAUUUGAUUACCUGUUCAGGAGUCUUAUGGGGGUAAAAGCUGUUGAGAAGUCUUUUGGUCCUAGACUUGGUGCUCCAGUACCACUUGCCAUGUAGUAGUAGAGAGAACAGUCUGUGACUGGGGUGGCUGGGGUCUUUGACAAUUUUUAGGUCCUUCCUCUGACACCACCUGGUGUAGAGGUCCUGGAUGGCAGAAAGCUUGGCACCAGUGAUGUACUGGGCCGUACACACUACCCUCUGAAGUGCCUUGCGGUCGGAGGCCGAGCACUUGCCAUACCAGGCAGUGAUGCAACCAGUCAGGAUGCUACUGCUACGACACCCAUACUAUAUGUCUAUAGACAACAGCUAGACUACUACAUACUUGUUAUUACUAAUACUACUACAUACUUGUACUACUACUAAUACAUUACUGUAGCUUUAUUACCUCUUUCUUUUACUUGUUUCUUUUCUCCCUGAAGGUUAGACUCUACAGAGAACCAGGUGGAUGAGAUGGAGUCCUACAUCUUCUUUACCAAGUGAGAGGGAGGGAGGGGAGAGUGA